AUGGACAGUUCGUGGGAUGUGGUGAUUUCAUCAUUGCAGGACUCGUGCAAUGCAAACGAGGAACUCAGCUUGAAUCCCAUGAAGGAUACAACGUUAAAAGGGAAAGAUCAAGCAAAAACAGCACAGGUGGAUCAGAUACUUAAGCAUCAGGAAAAUUUGGAAAAGACGAAAAGAAUCAUAGAGACGGCAGUUUCCAACAUAAAAGGGUUGUUGAAAAUAGCGCGGUCGGGAUCCGAGAUCGAGGAAAUGGCAAAGCACAGGGAGAUUGGGAAGGAGGCGAAAUCUGGAGGCAAGAACUCGGAGCCUAAACGCAUUCGUCUCUCUUCGAAAUAUAUCGAGGCUGAAAAAUCAGGAGUACACAGCAACACACAGGAUAAGAACCCAGGAAAGUUAUCGGAUGAGGCGGAGGAAACAGCAAUGAAAAUUCACGGACGCAAAGGAAGAUCUUACUAUCAUUCGGCAUACAAUCCAUCAGAGCCUCUGUAUGCAGGAUGUGAGGUUGCAUUUAAGCCCAAGGGACAUAACAGUGAGUGGAUACUAUGUGAGGUAACACGAGUUUUGAGUGAUACGAAGUUUGAGGUGAAGGACCCGGAGCCAGAUGAGAGUAAUCCGUUGGGUCAACGGUUUAAAGCUGGGUGGAAGGAUGUCAUCAAGAUAGCAGAAGCAAAUAAAGGGCUUCGGGAUUAUCCGGUGGGGUCGAAAGUUCUUGCGAGAUAUCCCGAAACGACGACAUUUUAUCCGGCUGUGGUGAUAGGUGCGAAACGGGAUGGCACAUGCAGGCUUAAAUUUGAUGGGGAGGAGGAAGUUGGGAAGGAGACGUUAGUUGAGAGGCGGCUAGUUCUUCCAUAUCCGGCGAGGGAGUAG